AUGACUAUUGAAGGAAGUGCAGUCACAUAUACCGAAUACGGUUCCGAUAUCCCCAAAUUACUUGGUACGACCGAUUUCAAAAUCAACCCAAAUGACAUCAAACCAGAUCAAGUUGUAAUCAAAGCAUUGGCGACUCCAUUAAAUCCGGCUGAUUUGAUGCAACUUCGUGGAGGUUAUAAUGCCAGUCCUGAAAUUCAAUUAGGCACUGAACCGAAUAGCCCUUUGCAUGUUGGAGGUAACGAGGGUGUUUACAAAGUGGUCAAGCCAGGGUCCAAUGUUUCAGGGUUCAAGGAGGGUGAUUUGGUUAUUCCUAAGUUACCUUCAUUUGGUACUUGGAGAAGUUAUGCCAUUGCUGAUGCUGAUAACUUGAUUGUUGUUAAUGGAUUGUCUGUGGACCAAGCAGCAACAAUCUCCAUCAACCCAGCAACUGCUUACCAAUUGUUGAAUAAUUACGUAUCUGACUGGCAAAAAGGUGAUUAUGUUAUUCAAAAUUCUGGUACUUCUCAAGUAUCUAGAUACGUGACCCAAAUUGCCAAAUUAUAUGGAAUCAAGACUAUUUCCAUUGUUCGUGAUGGUAAAUCCAAGGAAGAAAUUGAUGAAUUGAAGAAAUUUGGUGCUGAACAUGUCAUCUCCCAUCUGGAAUUCAAUGAUGAAAAUUUCGACAUUGAAAAAUACACAAAGGGCGCCAAUGUCCGUUUAGCACUUAAUGGAUCAUGUGAUAAUACCGUGGCCAAUUUAGUUAAAAGCUUGUCAUCAAAGGGACAAUUGAUCAGUUAUGGGUUCCUUGGAGGUGCCGAAAUCAAAUAUAGUGCCCAACAACAAUUUGCCAAGGAUUUGGUGACAAGAAGAUAUUGGUUAACUGCCAAUACUGUAGCUAAUCCUCAAGGUAAAGUUGACACUAUAAAGCAUUUGAUUGAGUUGUAUCAUACUGGUAAGAUUCAAGAUGUUCCUUAUAACAAGUUGCAUUAUAAACAAGGUGGUAAUGAAGAAAUUUCCAAGGUGUUGUUGCAAGGAUUAUCAAACUUUAAAGGGGGCAAAGGUAAACAAGUGUUAUUUUAUGAGUAA